AUGGGCGUCGAAUCCGAAUUAUCGCAGGGCUGCAUCGAGGCCAUCUUCAAUGACCCCGAUCAGGCGGCGCAGCGCUUCCCUGUGCCUGUGAUGCAGUGCCUCCAGAUCAAGCAGAUGGCGCCGUCAGGGCAAGGUGGUGAUAGGUAUCGAUUGGUCAUGAGCGAUGGGCUCAACUAUGUUCAGACCAUGCUUGCUACCCAGGCAAAUCAUGUCAUUCGCGACAACAAGCUGGAGAGGGGCUGCCUAACCCGAGUUAAGCAAUACACUCCCAACAACUUGAAGGGAAAGAACAUCCUGGUUAUUCUAGACCUCGAGGUCAUCGAGAAUCUCGGCGUGCACGAGAAAAUUGGUGAUCCAGUGGUCCUCGAUCCUAAACCGGCCGAGACGACGAUCGCUGGCAACGAUUUUUACGGAGCCAAAAAGGAAGAAAUGGAUAUCAAGCCACAGCUGCAGUCGAUGCCGUCAAGAUCAGCCACGCAUGCCGGUGCCAACAUAUACCCCAUCGAGGCCCUCUCGCCCUUUUCCAACAAAUGGACAAUCAAGGCCCGUGUAACGUCCAAGUCAGACAUUAAGACGUGGCACAAACCGACCGGAGAAGGAAAGCUAUUCAGCGUCAAUCUCCUUGAUGAGAGUGGCGAGAUCAAGGCUACGGGCUUCAACGACCAGUGUGAUGCCUUUUAUGACAUGCUUCAGGAAGGCUCUGUCUACUACAUUUCUAGCCCCUGCAGAGUUUCUCUGGCCAAGAAGCAGUUCAGCAACUUGCCAAAUGACUACGAGCUUGCGUUUGAGCGGGAGACGGUUAUCGAAAAGGCAGAAGAUCAGACCAACGUACCCCAACUCCGGUUCAACUUCUGCACCAUCCAAGAACUGCAAAGCGUGGAAAAGGACAGCACUGUUGAUGUCAUUGGUGUGUUGAAGGAGGUUGCCGAAGUCAGCGAGAUUAUGUCAAAGAAGGAUGGUCGACCCUUUCAGAAGCGUGAAUUGACGCUGGUGGACGACACCGGGUAUUCAGUUCGCGUCACGAUCUGGGGCAAGACAGCAAGCGCCUUUGACGCCAACCCAGAGUCCGUCGUGGCUUUCAAGGGCACCAAGGUAUCAGACUUUGGUGGCAAGAGCCUCAGCCUACUCUCGUCGGGAACCAUGACUGUCGAUCCUGAUAUUCCUGAUGCCUACCGCCUCAAGGGCUGGUAUGAUUCAGCCGGCCGAACAGACACUUUUGCGACUCAUCAGGGCCUGGCUGGUGUGGCUGGCGCGACUGGCCGAAAGGAGGAGAUCAAGACCAUCUCCCAGGUUAAAGACGAGAAUCUUGGCGUAGAUGACCAGGCUUACUACACGAUCAAAGCCACCAUUGUAUUCGUCAAGCAAGACAGCUUUGCCUAUCCUGCUUGCUCCAACCAGGGAUGCAACAAAAAAGUGACCCCCAUGCCGGAUGGGACAUGGCAGUGUGAGAAGUGUAAUGUGUCACACGACAAGCCAGACUACCGCUACAUCAUGCAGCUCAAUGUGGCCGAUCACACAAGUCACCAGUGGCUGAGCUGCUUCGACGAUACGGGCAGGAUAGUAGUCGGCAUGUCGGCCAACGAGCUCAUGGAGCUCAAAGAGAAUGACGACGCCAAGUUCAUGGCCGCAUUCGAGGCGGUGAAUUGCAAGAAGCUGGUAUUCAGAUGCAGAGCCAAGAUGGAUAAUUUUGGUGAUACGCAGAGGGUGCGAUAUCAAGUUUUGAGUGCUUCUUUGGUGGACUACAAGACAGAGGGCAACAAACUGGUGGAGUUGAUCAAGCAGUUCAACAUGAACUAA